AUGACGGUGGCUGAUGACGGCCGGACGGACGGCAGAGAUGUUGAAGGUGAUGAUGACGGGGGAGGUUGGGAAGCGACGGAGGUUGAGGCAAUAGUGGCGGAUCUGUGGACAGUACAGAUGGCUUCUGUUCGGUGAUG